GUACCGUCAGAUUUAGAUCAAGCGAUAACCAUAACAGAGAUGGUCCCACUCACCGCAACCUGUCAAACAGACGAGGGAGAUGAAGAUGAUCAGCGAAAGAGAAGAAGUGCAGCGACGGAGGAGAGGAUCGGCAGAAAAGAUGAUCGGCGGACGAUUGGCGGUAGAGAAGAUCGGCGAACGAUCGCGGAAGAGAGGAUCGGUGGACCAUCGGCGGACAAGAAGAUCGGCGGACAAGAAGAUCGACGGACGAGAAGAUCGGUGGAAGAGACGAUCGGCGGACGGUCGGCGGAUGAUCAGCGGACGAUUGGCGGACAAUCGAUGAACGAGAAGAUGAUGAAAAUUUCAGCCCGACCGGUUGCAACGGGUCGCACGAGUUUAACGGGCGGGACGGGUCUGACGGGUUUCAACGGGUUUCAACGGGGCAUUUGCUUAAACGGGUUGAAGUAUUCAACCGACCCGUUUUCAGGUUCGGGUCUGGUUCAACCGAUUCAACCGACCGGACCAGGCCGAGUCCAAAAACAUUGAUUCAGAGAGAGGGUGGAUGUCCACUACUCUUGUUUGACAAUACUCUUCUCUGUUUGUAACAAUUAUUAAUACUUCCUAUAUUCUCAAUAUAUAUAUAAUUUUUUU